ACCAAUGCACUGCUCUGAGCGGGAUGCGUCAGCAGUACAUUCACGUUUCUACUGAAGGACGAAAGGAGGAGAAAGACUCAGCCGCCUGCAACCCCGUCACACAGAGAGAAAUAGAGAGAGGGGGGUGAGCAUUGGAGAUGAGGACCGCUGCUCCUGCCACUGUCGCGGUCUUCUCGGGUGCGUGUGCGUGUCUCUCUCUCUCCUUUGCAUGCUCUACCGCUGCUCGCCUCCCACUGCAGAACCGCUGCCAACCCGCAGCCUCGCAGCCAGAACAGGAGAACUGCCACAACUUACUACCUCAAGACAAGGAAAAAUAAAGGAAUACCGCAGAAUCGGCAACAGGGGGAGGGAGGGCAAACUACGGAAUCCUCCGCAUGGUACCCCUCCGAAAUUAGGCACGCGUCACACGGCGGCAUCAAUCCUCUUUUUCUGACACUGAGAAGAGAGAGUGAGGAAGCAGGAGAGAGAGGGAGAAAGAGAGAGAGAGAGAGAGAGCAAGGAGCGGGCUUACGACAGAUAGAGAGAGAGCGCAUCACCACCGGUGUGCCGCUGUUGUUGCCGAUCUCCCCGUCCUACACCCCCCUCCCCCCGCAACACCACCCCCGAGCCCCCCUCCGGAGAAAUUGAUGGAUUAUUGCUAACUGUGCACGCGGCAGUCCGCAGCUGCUACGGCGACAGACAGGAGAGCGGAGCGAGUUAAAAAAGCAAGAAGAAAAGACCGCAGUGUAUGUCUGAUAGCCUUUUUUCAUCAGCUGAACAAGUGUUGUGAGAGGUGGACAAUGGCAAACUGAAAAAGAAAAAAAAACAGCUGAAAAUGUUGCAGCUAUCUUAGCUGGAAACAUGAUCGGAUGGUGCCAGAGAUUUUCUUCAUUAUAAAGGAUCACACAGAGCUAAUGAGCACCAUCCUGCACUGUCGAUGGCAAACAGAUGCAGUGUCUUGCUCAAACCAGGGUAGGGCAACUGUUCUCCGUUCCCCAGCCGAAUCCCCACGCGAUGUUGAAUUAUGAACGCGCCACAUCAUGAGUCUCUUGUGGCAGGUAACUGUGCACCGUGCCUGGAACGCAGCCCUGCUCUGUGCAGUCUACCUCAUGGUACGAUCGUGGAGUGUGCGCGCCGCCCCCUCCGGACCACUGACCUGCCCUGCCGUCUGCUCCUGUGGUAACCAGUUCGUCAAAGUGGUGUGCACCAGACGCAGCCUGGUUCGAGUGCCCCCGGGCAUCCCGGCCACCACUCGCCACUUAAACCUGAUGGAAAACAGCAUCGAGACAAUUGAAGCUGGCACGUUUCAGCAUCUCCGCCACCUGGAGGUGCUGCAGCUGGGCAGGAACUCUAUUCGACAGAUUGAGGUGGGGGCCUUUAGUGGCCUCAACAGUCUCAACACGCUGGAGCUGUUUGACAACCGGUUGACAGUGAUUCCGAGUGGCGCUUUUGAGUACUUAUCGAAACUGCGGGAAUUAUGGCUCAGGAACAACCCCAUUGAGAGCAUACCAUCAUACGCAUUCAACCGGGUUCCCUCUCUCAUGCGGCUGGAUUUGGGAGAGCUAAAAAAGCUGGAAUAUAUUUCCGAAGGUGCUUUUGAGGGAUUAUACAACUUGAAAUAUCUAAAUCUUGGAAUGUGUAACCUUAGGGAGAUGCCAAUUUUAUCCCCGUUGGUGGGAUUGGAGGAGCUAGAGAUGUCAGAGAAUUACUUUCCAGACAUAAAGCCUGGAUCCUUCAGGGGUUUAAAAUCACUGAAAAAACUUUGGAUUAUGAACUCUAGGAUCACCACAAUAGAGAGAAAUGCUUUUGAUGAUGUCACAGCCCUGGUUGAGCUCAACCUGGCUCACAAUAACCUUAGCUCUUUGCCCCAUGACCUUUUCGCGCCCUUGAGUUAUCUGGUGGAGCUUCAUUUGCACCACAACCCCUGGCGGUGUGACUGUGAUGUUGUGUGGCUAGCCUGGUGGCUGAGGGAGUACAUCCCCACCAACUCCACCUGUUGUGGCCGCUGCCACACCCCUGCUCACUUACGUGGACGCUAUUUAGUGGAAGUGGACCAGAGCACUUUCCAGUGUUCAGCACCUUAUAUUCUAGAUGCCCCAAGGGAUCUUAACAUCUCUGCUGAACGCGUGGUCGAGCUAAAAUGUCGUACAGCCCCCAUGUCAUCUGUCAGAUGGCUCCUGCCUAACGGAACAGUUCUAACACAUGGCUCUAAUCACCCACGGAUAUCAGUGCUCAACGACGGGACAUUAAACUUCUCCAAUGUGCUACCAGCGGAUACAGGUGUGUACACAUGUAUGGUGACAAACAUGGCAGGCAACUCCAACGCAUCUGCCUACCUUAACGUGACCGCGGCCGAGCUCAACACUUCUAACUUGAGUUACUUCACCACAGUGACAGUGGAGGAGGUGGAGCCCACCUCACAGGAAGUGAUCAAGCCAAAAACAGUAACCGCCUCCCCCUCUGUCUUUCAACCUGUUUUUAUCUCCACACCAACCGUUUUACUUCAAACUCCCCGGCAGGUCUCCGUGCCCACCGUGCGCGGAACGGUACGCCCACCCGCCAGUCUCGAUGAGGUCAUGAAGACGACAAAAAUUAUUAUUGGCUGCUUUGUGGCGGUCACACUGCUCGCUGCUGUUAUGCUAAUCGCUUUCUACAAGCUACGUAAAAGGCACCAGCAAAGGAGCACGGUGGCAGCCGCCAGGACUAUAGAGGUCAUUCAGAUGGAUGAGAACGUUCCCACCACCCACGCGGGGACGAGUAUACCGGGUGAAAGUGGGAUGAUUUUACCUAACCUGAGAGACCACAACAGCACCUACAAACCCAGCUACAGCUCCUACAGACCAGCACACUCUGCCCAUUGGGCAGAAAACCACAUCGGUAAUUCCCUGCACCGCCCCCGCCCUACGACCAUCAGCACCAUCCCUGAACCCUACCUGAUCAAAUCUCACACAAAAGAGAAGGUACAGGAAACGCAGAUAUAAUACUCUUACAGCCUUCUCUUCUUCUGUCUUUUAUUCUGUUCAUCCUAAAAACAUGCAAUAGAAUGCACAACAGAAAAGACAGCAUUUACUUUUGUACCCAGUGCAAAAACCAGACUGUUUUUCUUGUACAUGCUUAUACAUAAAUAUAUUAAUAUAAAUAUAUAAAUUAAUCCACUAUGGGAUGAUAAAAGAAACAGAUUAUAUAAAAGUGAAAAUGAAUUUCAACUAUUUUCUAACUUGUAACUCCUAUUUAAGAUGGGAAAAUGUGACGAUGCUGAUUUGACAUUGCAAAUGAAGAAAGAUUUGUUUGAAAAGGGACAACCUGUGAUUUUUAGACCAUGCUGUAUAGGAUACAGUGAAGACCCAUUUAUACUGAGAACUUUCUAAGUAAAUGUCCACCGAUUGACCCUUCCUUAAAGGCUUAUCUUCUAAAAGCACCAAGAAUUUGUAUUGUGCCAAAUGUUAUACUUGCAAUAACUAAGACUGGUCUAGGGGAUAGGAGACAAAACACUGCAAAAACAGAACGGAGACCCAGAAAGAAAAAAGCUGCUGGAUAUACAGAGUCUGCUUUUGUGCAGCUCCCAGCCAAAUUGGUCAUGGUGUUGCAGAAAGCGUUAAACUAUACGGUACGUUUUCAGAACAGGCAUCCUGCUCGCUUUAUGAGUUUAAUCUUUUGCUUAUUACCCUGAUGUUCAUUUUGGUUUUGACAAAUUGGAUUGACUCAUCCACUGGUCUUUUCAUUCAGAUUCAUCAUUUGGAUAUUGAUCAUUUUCCCAUUUCUUUCAGAUUCUGUCCUUUAUUAUUUGACUGGCUUUUAGGGCUAUUUCAGUAAACGCAUUACAACAGUUGCCUCAGAUUUGUAGCGCAAGGGCUCGACUGGAUGUUAGUUCACCAGACUUCCGAGAGACGGUUGCAGUGACUGGACGGUUUGCUGCAGGCUCACGUUAACAUUGUUUUACAUUUUCGUUACUGAGAAAGGGAUUCAAAUGAAUGUGUGAAUUAUGGACUUUCAUUUAUGGAGAUCGUUCAAACUGCGAUUUUCAUUUGUCCUUAUUUUAAGCAACACUAUUUUUAUGAGGAGUCUACAGAGGUUACAACAAUAAAAAGAAAACAUUUGGUUU